AUGGCUGAUCGUAAAUUCUAUUUAACAACAGUAGCACCUUCUACUUCUAUUACUCAUGCAUUAGUUGCCAAACUCAAUCAACCAGAUGAACAAUACCUUGUUAUAGUAAAAAAUACUAUAGUUAAUGUAUAUCAAUUAACAACAACAGGUCUUGACUUAGUUUACACAAAACAAUUUCCUUAUAGUGUUUCAUUUAUUACUAAGUAUCAAUCAAAAGGAAGAAAUUCAAAGGAUUAUUUGAUAUUUGUAACUAAUAAUCAACAGCUCGUCAUUGCACAAUUAAAUGAUAAUAAAGAAUUAAGUUUAGUAUAUUCAAAUAAUAUUGAAGAUCGUCUAGGAAGAACAGCUUUUUAUGGAAUUAGUGGGGUUGUUAUUAGUAAUAGCCAUUUAUUACUUCAUUUAUAUAAUCAUUUAAUUAAAAUAAUACCUCUUCCCAGAGAAGAAGAAAAUUUACCAGAAGCACCAUUCAAUUUACGUAUAGAUGAACAAAGGGUUGUUGGGUUGUAUUGUCUUCAAUUGGACCAAAAACAAGUUAUUGGAAUUCACCAUGAAAUAAAGAAUGAUAUUAAAGUUAUUACAUUUUAUGAAUUUAAUAUUGAAUCUAAGACAUUAAAUCUUUAUAAUAAACAAAUAGAAGAUACAUCAAAUAUUGAUUUAUUUAUUCCUUAUUUGGGAAAUGAAGGAUAUUUCAAAAUAAAUUCACAAACAGUAAGUUUUGUUCCUAAUUCAAAUCAAAUAUCUAGUGUUUCAAUGAGACCAAUUCAUCUUGAGACAUAUUGUUUUCUUGAUGAAAAAAGGUUAUUAUUAUCAGAUAACAAAGGUAAAAUGCAUUUAAUAACAUUAAAAGAAAAUAAUAAACAUGAAAUAGAAUUAUAUUAUUAUCCUUUAGAAUAUCAAGCAUUAACUAUUCCAAGUACUAUAUUAUAUCUUGAUAAUUCAGUAUUAUUCUGGGGGUCUAAAGGUGGGGAUUCACAUUUAAUCAAAAUUAAUGAGAAAAGAUGUGAAAUAUUAGAAACAUUUGAAAAUCGAGGACCAAUAUUAGAUAUGACAGCUAUACAUGAUGAAAUAACUAAUAAAGAUGAUUUAUUAAUGUGUUGUAAUACAUAUCAACAAGGAACUCUUAAAUUAAUAAGUUCAGGUGUAGGUAUUGAUAUUAUUUGUCAAAAUGAAAUGAAAGGAAUUACACAUUUAUAUCAAGUAGAAAUGGGAAAUAAAGAAUAUUUAAUUAUUAGUUAUAGUGAUAAUAGUAAAGUAUUUGAAUCUCAACAAGAAAAUAAUCAAUUACAAUUUAAUGAAAUAGAAAUUAAAGGAUUUAAUAGAAAAGAAGAAACAAUUUGUAGUGGAAUUAUUGAAAUUGGAGAAAUGAAGGAAAUUUGUUUUGUUCAGGUAACUAGAGAAGAGGUUAAUAUUUUUGAUUCAGAACAACUUAAACUUAUUCAACAAAUUAGAGUCAAUAAAUUUAUUUCUCAUUCAUGUAUUUAUGAUGAAAAGUUAUAUAUCAGUCAAUCAAAUGAAAUUAAUGUAUUAAAUGAGAAAAAAGAAAUUAAACAUAUUUAUUCUGGUGAAAAUGAUAUUUCAGCAUUUACUAUUGGAAAAGAAGGAACUGAAGAUGUUAUUGGAAUAUGUUAUUGGGAUAGUAAUAAAAUGGAAAUAAUUAAAUUAGAGAAUGGAAAUAAAAAUCAUAUUAGAGAAAUUAAUGGGAAUAUUUAUGGAAAAUCAAUUGAAAUUAUUAAUAAUAAAGAAGGAAUGUAUAUUGUGAUUGGAAUGGGAGAUGGAAGAGUAUUAGUAUAUCAAAUGGAAGAAUUAAUGGAAAUAGAAGGAGAAAUAACAAAGAAUUAUAAAGUACUUGAUAUUGGAUUAUCUGGAAUUGAAUUAAAAACAUUAGAAAUUAAUGGAAUGAAAUAUAUUAUGUGUUUAUGUGAUCGUCCAACAUUAGUUUCUAUUUAUAAAGGAAAAAUAAAAACAUUAUCAGUUAAUUGUAGUGAAAUUGUUUCAAUUGUUCCAUUUAAAAUGAAAGAAUGCAUGAAUAGUCUAAUUGUUGCAACAAAAGAAAAUAUCAUUAUUGGUAAUAUUGAAGAGAUUCAAUCAAUUCAUACAAAAAGUUUAUCUAUUGGAGUAUUUAUAAGUCGAAUAGUUAUUUCAAAACAAGAAAAUAAAGCAUUAUUAUUGAGUAGUGAAAUUAAAGAAUUAAAAGAGAAAAGAAUUGAAAGUCAUUCUAUUAAAUUAAUUGAUUUUAGAAAAAUGGAAAUUGAAGAUAGUCAUGAAUUAAAAGAAAAUGAACAUGCUUUAUCUAUUGAAGAAAUUGUAGUUGAUGAAAAAGAAAUGUUUGUUAUUGGAACUGCUUUUGCAAAACCAAAUGAAGUAGAACCAAGUAGUGGAAGAAUUCUUAUUGUUCAAAUAAAAGAUGGAAAACUUGAAAUUGUAUUUGAGAAAGAUGUUAAUGGAGCUGUUUAUUCAAUAAAAACUCUACUCAAAAAAUAUUUGGCUAUGUCUAUAGAAAAGAAAUUAGUUAUAUUUGAAUAUCAAAGAAUUAUAACAAAUGGUGAAUUUGAAGUUAAAUUACAAGAGAAAGGAAGUUGUAAUGUAAAGUUAAUUGGAUUAUAUGUUAAAACUAUGGGAAAUAAAAUACUUGUUGGAGAUCUUAUGAAAAGUAUUAGUGUUUAUUCAUUUGAUAAUAAUGGAAAUAAUAAAAAUUGUUUAAAUGAAGUUAGUAGAGAUUUCUAUGCAUCUUAUACAACUGCAAUUGAAUUUGUUGAUGAAAAUUGUUAUCUUAGUUCUGAUAGUAAUUCUAAUUUAUUAGUAUUCAAUACAAAUUCUACUGGUAAUGAAUCAGAAAGAUUUAGACUUAAUAAUUGUGCACAUAUUCAUGUUGGAGAAUGCAUUAAUGUAAUGUGUAAAGGAUCCAUUGCACCAACUCAUUCAACAUAUGAAACCAUCCAGAAGAAAUGUAUAUUAUUUGGAGGAGUUACUGGAUACAUUGGUGGAAUAUGUGAAAUUCCAAAUGAAAUAUAUGAUAUAUUGAUUAAAGUACAAAAUCAAAUUUUACUCCAAAUGAAAGGCAUUGUUGAAUGCACAACACCUGAUGAAUGGAAAAAAGUUAUUGAUGAUUGGAAACGAAUGCCUUCAAGUAAUAUUAUUGAUGGAAAUAUUGUUGAGAGUUAUUUGGAAAUGUCUAAAGAAAAACAAUGUGAAAUUGCACAUUUAAGUGGAGUUAAUGAAGAACAAAUAAAUGAUAUCAUAGAAAAUAUGAUUAGUCUAUUCCAUUAA